UAACUCAGAAGAGGACAGAGAAUACCGUGUGAGACGUUGGAACGUUGCAGGGUAUAAGGCAACGUGGCGAGCUCGACUGCACUGGCAAAAGGCGAACGUACGGACCGUCGGACGGACGGAGCACGCCGGGUACACGCAAGUGAGCAGGCGAGAGGUGCCUGAAACCUAAGUGAGGGAAGAGAGUUCGAGGUAUAGCCAAAAGCGUAAGCCAGAGCGAGAGGAAAAUCCGCAGAGAGAGAGAGACUCAUUCAUCUUGGCGCGCCUAGCAUGCCUGCGAUUGGUCCAUCUUGGGUAAGGCCACGCUACGAUUGGACGGCUCUGUUUACCAGCUGGUGCCCCGGUGCGCUCCCGGCUCGUAGAAGAGAGGGGGGAACAGAACGGAGAGACAAGCGGCGCCAUUAUUGUAAGGGGUUACAUUUAGCUGGCCGUGGGUUGUAGUACGCGGCGUUCGGGAUAGGGGGCUAUAGUACCUUCAUGCAUGGCCCAUAAAGGAUUCGUCGACUAUCCGAGAAGUACGCAAGAAACGGCUUCUAACACCUGACAGGGGCCACGCUCUUCUCUUCUCUCUCCUCGUGCCGUCGCCGGGUUCGCCGUCGCAGCCCAAUUUCCAAACUGGGACCACGGCUGGGAUCGUCCGGGGUGGGCCCGAUCGAGAAAGGACCCACCGCAUUAUCGCCGAUUCUCGUUCUGAUUUGGAUGGAUUUGUAAUCGAGAGAGGCACGAUUACGUCGAGCGCGAAUCCGAUCUUCAAGGUGCAGAUCUGCGAUCCGUGGAUCUUAACCUGGAGUUCGAGAGGAGGGAUAUGUCAUUUGCUAUUGCGGACACUCGGUGAUUCGUGGUCAGUCGUCCCGAGCGGCCGCAUCCCGCCGCGUUCGGUAUUGUUAUUGUGAUAAUGUGCUGAGUUGCAUAAGUGGCAGUAAAAGUGGAUCGUUGUUCGCUGAUACAAGGCAAAGCAGAUAGUGAACACGGGCAACGAUAAGGCUGAAAGAGGCUGAAAGAGAGAAAGAGAAAGAGAUCGGAUCAGAGAGAAAGAGAGAUUCUCGCGAGCAAGCGGCAAGAAAAAUAGUGCGCGCGUUCCUGCGACGAGGAUCCUGCCGAUCGAGCAAGAUUAAGUGUAUCCGUAAACCGUGAUCCGUAAUGGAUUGUACAAUGACGAAGCAGCAGACGGUGUCGGUCGUGUCGUCGCGGUGUCGGUGUUGAGACACUUGUCCCGGUCGUCUGGUCCGGGCGUGUCAUCGGCAUCGGAUCUACAUCGGCACCGACAGGCGAUAUGAGUUCGAAAUUCAUAAUUGAUAGUAUGCUACCUAAGUACCAUCAGCAAUUCCACCAUCAGCAGUUAUUCUCAAGCGCGAAUCCAGGUACCAUUCAGGCGUGCACCACGAGUCCGGCCACCGCUAGCCUAGAAUCGAGUCUAUCCGCGGCUGCAGUGGCGGCCGCGGCGGUUAACUACGCACAGCAGCACAAUUCACCGAGUCCAACUGGCUCGAGCCCCCAACACUCGGGAAGCUCCGCUUCGACGUCACCGGCGGCACGCACGUCCAGCAUGUAUCCUUACGUAUCCGCCGCAGCGGCGCAUCAUCAUCAUCAGCAACAGCAGGCAGUCGCUGCUGCCGCGUUCGGCGCCACGUCCAGCAUGGUGCCCGCUUUCGGCUCCUCGGCAGCGUCCAGCGCUGCCCUGGCCGCCGCCGCCGCCGUGGACGCCGCGACUGCCGGCGACAAGUCCUGCCGUUACACGGCCAGCCUCACCGGCAAUGUAGCACCGACAUCGGCCGAUCCUAUGGUUAACUAUACUCUCGGUCAUCAUCAUCAAAACGGUGCUACACCGGGCAGCCUUGUCUCGUCUGCAUCCGCAUCAUCGGCCGUGUCGGCCGCGUCGGCUUCCAUGGCAGCGGCGGCGCAAUUCUACCAUCAAGCAGCUGCCGCAUCGGCCGUCGUCGAUCCUUUGACGUCUUGCCAACAACCUACUACAGGCCAACCUGGGAUCUCGGACAUACCUCGGUAUCCAUGGAUGUCGAUCACCGAUUGGAUGAGUCCAUUUGACAGAGUGGUCUGCGGUCCGAAUGGCUGCCCGAGGCGCAGAGGCCGGCAAACGUACACGCGGUUCCAAACAUUGGAAUUAGAAAAAGAAUUUCACUUCAAUCACUAUCUGACGCGACGACGGCGAAUAGAGAUCGCGCAUGCACUCUGCCUGACGGAACGACAGAUCAAGAUCUGGUUCCAGAAUCGGCGAAUGAAGUUGAAGAAGGAACUGAGGGCGGUGAAAGAGAUCAACGAGCAGGCUAGACGCGAGCGCGAAGAGCAAGACAUGAUGAAAAAGCAGCAGGCAGAGAAACAAGCCAAGUUGCAGCAGGAGCAGCAAAGCGCCGCCCUCCAGCAUCAGCAACAGCAUCACGUAAGCGGCCUGGACAAAACGCAAAGCGAUCUUCUCAAGGCAGUCAGUAAGGUACCCACAUAGGAUACCUUACUGAGCCGACUCUCUUUCUUUUAAAGGAAGACACAAGAGACUGGAGCGGCCUGGACGAAGACACCGAUGCGAAGUAGUUGGUAAGAUCGACAUAGAAGACCCCGAGUUCUCCUCCUCUCAUCUUCGCGCGCGAAAAAACAGGUACGAAACAUCCGACGCGAAGGUUAUUGCGAUCCUCCUCGAGUCGGUGACACGGUGUACGCGUAGAGAACCUUGCGGAUGCGGUCACCGUCAGUUUUGUAUCAAGGGAGAAGAUAGUGAGAAUUUAAGAGGUCUGGAAGAUUUAAGGAGCGGUCUUCUUCUGGGCAAAACAAGAAGGUACGACGAAUGCCUUGCUGAGUCGAUUCUCUUUUGUUUUUCUUUUUUUUCUCUCUCCUUUCCUUUAAUGAAGAAAGAAAGAAAGGUAGAUUACGGUAGUAAAACUCGAAGCAUAAAGAACGAACGCACCCCGCCCGCCCUCCCCAUAUAACUACGUACUUACUUGGCUAGCCCCCGAAGAGCGACGUGGUGCCUGCGUUUCGUAUAGGGGGUUCAGCCUGUGACUGAUUCCUAGAACAUAUAAUGUAUAUUGUUAAUCGGGUGCUACACAACGAGCCAUUGCGAUUAUAAAGUUAUGAACGUACGACUGGCGCGAUACUGCCACGGUGAGCCAGCAAUUACGUCAAGCCGGUGAGUAGACUAGUUAAAAUGGCCGCAAUUGAAGGAUUAAUGGUCGAGCGGCCAACUGAAUUAUCAGCGACGACACUACGAUUAAUUGAUUGAGCCCUCAUGGAAAGGGGGAGUAAUUAGACCGUGCUGUAAAAGCGAAACCGGUAUACAGUUGCGAGACGACGAACGAAGUUGGGGAUAUAGCUAGUCUUUGAUCUGUCGCUGAACCUAUUUCGUACGUGCGAAUUGGCGAAUUGAAGGUUAGCUAGAUCCGUGUUCGCGGUUAUACGACGAAUUGUCGUACCGGAGGAAAAAGAGAAACGCGGGGACGCCGGAAGACAGUCGUGUCACUAUCGACACUAAAAGCGUUUAAUCCUCAAUAUCACGUAGAUUUUUCCGCUUCCUCCGUACGGCCGCUAAGGGGUAUUAAAAGGGGUGUAAAAUUCGUGACGCCUUCGUUGGAACAACGAACGUAUCUCUCGCGCGGUUGCAGACUUCGGGUAUUGAUACUCGACACUCUCUUUGGAUAUUGUGUUACAAUUAUAUAAAUAACCGAUGUACACGAUCAUUAUCCCCUAAGUCGCUUUUUGUUAGUUGAAGGAAUUCAGUAUUCGUGGGUAUUCACUUCUCUCGAUCUAGUUAGAUAAAUGUUUGGUCUUAUCACACAGAGUAACAGCUUUGUUGAAAUUUUCCAAACCUUUUGGCAAACGCGUAAAUUAGUCGUUAGUCAUUCAAUUUACUGCAAGUUUUAUCUAUGUGGGGUUUUUAAUAAAAUAAAAGAAAAAUUGACGUGAUUUUGUCUUACUUGGAGUAUGAUCUGGCUUUACAAAUUACAUGAUAAUGCAUUCAAUAUGUUAUCGGAAAAAUCUGUUUUCUUCCAACAGCUCUAUCAGUACGGUAGCUCGACUUCCUAUCGAAAAGAAAGGAAAAAUAUAAGUUCAUCAGAGAAAAAACGCGCGUACAGUUUGAGUUUUGGUCACUUUGACACGUCAAUUCAGACAAAUAACAGAAAAUUUUUUAUCAAUGAAGUAUAGUAAAUUAUUUUAUAUC